AUGGGCGUGAACGGUCUUUGGACCGUCGUGCAGCCAUGCGCGCGGCCGACCAACCUUGCGACGCUCAAUCGGAAGCGCCUCGCUGUCGAUGCAUCCAUUUGGAUAUAUCAGUUUCUCAAAGCCGUGCGUGACAAGGAGGGCAAUGCGCUCCGCAACUCCCACGUCGUCGGCUUCUUCCGCCGCAUCUGCAAGCUGCUCUGGUUCGGCAUCCAGCCCGUCUUCGUCUUUGAUGGCGGCGCGCCGGCCCUCAAACGCGCCACGAUCCAGAAGAGACAGCGCCGCCGAGAGGGCCGCCGCGAUGACGCCCUGCGCACCGCCGGGAAGCUGCUGGCUGUGCAGAUGCAGCGCGUCGCUGAAGAGGAGGAGCAGAAGCGGAAAAGAGAGACUGAGCGACCGAGGAGAGAAGCCGACGAAGAGCCACUUCCUGACCCGGAGAACAUGGUAUACUUGAAUGAAGUGGGCAUGUCCAACCAGGAGCGUCAGCGCAAUCGCAAGUUUCACAAAAAGGACGCCUAUCACCUGCCCGAGCUUGAAGGCGGCAUAGCCUCCAUGGGCAAGCCUGAUGAUCCUCGAAUUAUGAGCGUCGAGGAAUUGGAAGAGUAUGCGCGCCAGUUCAACAACGGCGAGGAUAUCAACCUGUACGACUUUAGCAAGAUUGAUUUUGACGGCGAAUUUUUCAAGAGCCUGCCACCUCCCGACAGAUACAACAUUCUCAAUGCAGCCAGGCUACGUAGUCGUCUGAGACUGGGCCUGAGUAAGGAUCAACUUGAUGAAAUGUUCCCGGACCGCAUGGCGUUUUCAAGAUUUCAAAUUGAGCGCGUCAAGGAAAGAAAUCAUCUCACCCAGCGACUCAUGUCCGAAGUCGGCAUGACUGGCCUUGAUUUGACGCUCGGUGUGAAUGCUCGAGUUGCAGGCGAAAAGGACAGAGAGUACAUUUUGGUCAAGAAUGAAGGCGCUGAAGGUGGCUGGGCUCUAGGCGUUGUCAGCAAGGAAAAGGAUGUCGGCGAGGCGCAUAAGCCUAUUGACGUGGAUGCCAUAGACAUUCAAUUUCAAACAAAAGAGGAGGAUGAUGACGAUGAAGAUGUGGAUGGCUUCGAAGAUGUGCCCAUCGAAGGCUUAAAUCGCUUACCAAGACACGACCCCACGAAUGCCAGCCUCGAAGCUGCUCGCGAUCUCGCCUCGAAACGUCAACAUUUCUAUGACAAUCACAAAGAGCCUAUCAAUGACGAAGACUCGCUCUUCGUUGGAGGACCAGCCGGUGCCCCUGAAAUCGAGAACGAAGCUCCCGAGGCGGACCACAUCCAUCCCGAAGAGGAGGAUGACCUGAACCGUGCUAUUGCAUUGUCAUUACAGAAUCAGCAUGGGGUUAUGGAAGACUUGGCGACAGAGGACGACUUGUUUGAAGACGUCGUUGAGGAUAAGCCCGAGUGGACGCAAAAGGCAGUGGAAGCUGCCAAGCCUUUAACAGCCCGCGGUGGCUCCAUGAUUGCGCAUAUUGUCAACAACAGAUCCAAUGCUGCCGUGCCCAAGCGCCAGGAAAAACCAGAGACCCAAGAGAGUGACAGUGACGAUGAUAUGCAGGCCAUCAUGGCACGAUCCCGCAAAGCCAAGAAGCGGAAGGCACCAGCCCCGCGCCCUGUUCUGGAAAAUAAAAAGAACCCAUUCGAUGGCCCUCUGCCGUUCCCGAAGCUCAGCUUGGGAUCGUCUCUAUUUGGCAAAUCAAAGUUGGGUGAGACAUCAGCAAAGGCAACUGCACGUGAUCCAUCUGCCGCUGCCCAUGUGGACGAAGAUGAAGAUGAGCAUGAUCUGGCAGGUGGAUUCACCGUAGAGGAUCAAGAUGAAGCACCAACGCUGCCGCCGUGGUUGGCCGACGAGUCGGACAUUAGAGAUUCUCUCAACAAGCAGCGGGUUGCUGAGCGAGAGAUCAAUGCGCAAGACAGAGAGGAUGCAGAAGAGGAGGAGCGAAGACGGAAAAGAGAAAUGAAGGAUCGGCUGGUUGAAAUCAAUUCGGACUCUGAUGAUGACAGUGAUGUACAAAUUAUUGAAGUGCCACCGUUUCCUGCUCCAGAACCUGCGGCUACGAAGUUGCGGACGCUGAGCGAACAGACAGAGGCAGAGCUCGAACAGCAAGUGGAAGAGUCAACACAAGUGCAAGCUACGAUAGAGGAUGCGCAAUUCUCCGAUACUACAGUGCGUGUGGGUAGUACUCAAGAAACGACCCCCCCAAAAGAUGCAGAGUCUCCUGAACCGGAAUUCGAAGAUAUUGAGCUUCCCCAGAUUGCUGAAGAAGCUGCUGCUCCCGAGCUAGAAGGCGAUGCCGAUGCUAUACCUGCCGUUGAGGAGCAGAGCGCCACUGUGCCUGUUACCAUCAACGACGACGAGCUCUUUGGCGACGCAGAUGAGAAUGAAUACAGCGAUCCAGAGGAGGAGGAACUUUUGGUGCAAAUGGCCGAGGAGGCCGAGGAGCAUGCGCGCUUCGCCAGUGAACUCAAUCAAAAGUCCAUGGAGCAGAAUCGGCGUGACUACGAGCAGGAGCUCCGACAGCUGCGCACCCAGCAGAAAAAGGACCGCCGCGAUGCGGACGAAGUCACCCAAGUCAUGGUUUCCGAAUGCCAGUCGCUGCUGCGACUGUUUGGCAUCCCGUAUAUUACCGCGCCGAUGGAAGCCGAAGCGCAGUGCGCCGAGCUUGUCCGUCUGGGCAUGGUAGACGGAAUUGUCACCGACGACUCUGAUACGUUUCUCUUUGGGGGCACCCGCGUCUACAAGAACAUGUUCAACAGCAACAAAUUUGUCGAGUGCUACCUCGGCAACGAGCUCGAAAAGGACCUCUCCCUCUCGCGCCAGCAGCUCAUUGCCCUCGCGCACUUGCUCGGUUCCGACUACACCGAGGGUCUACCCGGCGUUGGCCCCGUAACAGCCGUUGAAAUCAUCUCCGAGUUUCCCGGCAAAGAUGGCUUGGCCCGCUUCCGCGAGUGGUGGGACGAGGUGCAGGUCCAAUCGCGCCCGAAAGCUGCCGAUGCCGACUCACCGUUUCGCAAGAAGUUCCGCCGCACGCAGGCUGCCAAGCUGUUCUUGCCGCCGGGCUUCCCCAACUCAGCCGUCGACGACGCGUACCUGCACCCGCAGGUCGACGACAGCGCCGAGCCGUUCCAGUGGGGCGUGCCCGACGUCGAGGGCCUGCGGCGCUUCCUCAUGGCGACGAUUGGGUGGACCAAGGAGCGCACCGACGAGGUGCUGGUGCCCGUCAUCCGCGACAUGAACCGGCGCGGGGUCGAGGGCACGCAAAGUAACAUUACAAGGUUCUUUGGGGGCGGCGUGGGCGCCGGCGCGAGGGAGGCGUUUGCGCCGCGGCAGACGGCGGGUGCGAGCAAGAGAAUGGCGGCGGCGGUGGAUAAAUUGAAGAGGAAUACGGCAGGAGAUGAGGCAGAUACCGCUCAAGGGAGCAAUAAACGGCGGAAGCAGUAG